ACGUUUUAAGUCGAUUCUUCACUCAUAGAGUCUUUUCUUUAAAUCUUUUUCAACACAGCUGUUCGAUCUCAAGAAGAAUUUUUAUCUUUUUUUUUUUUGCUAUAGAACGUAACAUAAAAGAAGAAAAUGUUGGGUUCGAGUAGCGGAUGCGAGUCAGGAUGGACUCUAUACUUAGACCAGUCUGUUUCUUCACCAAGUCCUUCUUGUUUUAGAGACAGUAAUGGGUUUGAAAAUAGAAGAAGAAGCAAAGAUUCAUGGGACCAAAACUAUGUGCAACAACAAGGAGACGACGACGAAGAAGAAGAAGACGAUUUAUCAAUGAUUUCAGAUGCUUCUUCUGGUCCAAGGAAUAUUUCUGAGGAAGAUUCAGUGAAGAAGAUAAACAUUGUUGGUCUCAAGAAGCAGAGCAAGAGAGAAAAGAAAAGAAGAGAUUACGAGAAAAUGAACUCUGUUCUUGAUGAUACUGCUAGCUCUCCCCUUUACAAUUUCCCUCAUAUGUUGCAGAAAGGUGUUGGUGGUAAUAAGAUAGAGCAAACCUUUCCAGAAAGUACAUUGGACUACUCGCAAGGCUUCUCGGCUACUCAAUUCCAGGACAAAACAGCAUUCCAAGAGCAGUAUGCUUAUUUGCAUAUGGAAACCAGAUUCUAAAAUUGAACCAGUUAAGUAAUCAGGUCAGGAGGAUCAAACUGAAGAGCCGCUAUUUUGGACAUUUCUGAAGCUUUUAUGGAUUCAAGUAAUGAUUAAAUUGAAUCUUGAAGUCCCAAAAUACUAUGAAAGAUAGGAUGGAUUUUAAGCAAAAAAUUGCUAUAGAAAAGAACCCAACAAUGAAGGGACACACAAAAAAAAGGGUUCUCAUAAAUUUGGGUGGGUCUGAAUCUUCCUCUUUUUUGCUUUGUAAUUUCUUUACAAAGCGAGUUUUUUAGCCGCCCUUAUGUUAAACUCACUGUGUAACAAAACUUCAAUGCCUAAAUAAGCUCUCCUUUUUUUUGGGGGGAAGAGCUACUACGUACCAAGAACUAUCUAGCAAAUAAUGCUUUUAAUUAAUGGUUCUUUUUAUGAUUAAUCCAAUUGUUUCCUCCGUUCCU